AUGAGUGGAACUCAUGAAAAAGGUUCUUUUCGCAAGAGAUUGAAGUUUUGGAGAAGAGAAUCCAAAGAACAUACAAUCUUUGCGCCAUCUAUUGUUAGCCCUUCUAUAGACCAAUCUUCUGCCAUAUCUAGCUCCCGGUUUUCUAUGGGAACAACGAUUCAGGGAGAUCCGCCAUCAUUCGCAGAAGCAGAUGCAGUUAUCACACGAACGGAGAGCAUUGCAAAAGAUGAAGAACCUGCAAUUUCUCUCUGGGACAAAGCAUACGAUGCACUGAAGACAGAACAACCUCAGCUGAUUUCGAACUACGAGGAUCUUCUAUCUCGGGUACUGAUCCAAGACGAGUCGCAAGCUUCCUCCCCUGAUCGCGAAGACGAUGAAAAACAAGUCGAGAACAAAAUACCCCAAAACAACAUAGCUGAACGUCGUGAAAAGCUACUUCGAGUCGCAGAACUCGGCCUAAAACAUGCAAAAGACACGAAAACCAGCACAACCAUUCUGGGACACGAGAUUUUUACAAAAGAACUCGUACCAAAUACAGCCAAAGCCGUUAACUGGGCCUCGACGAUCGUCAAUGACGCCGUACAAGAUGUCCCAUACGGACCGGCCGUCAUGGCCGGUAUCUCGCUCAUUCUACCACUUCUAAGGAACCCUGCAGCUGUGGAAGGUGCCAAUAACGAAGGGCUUGCCUACAUCACCUCGCAAAUACACUUCUACAACGCCAUGGAAACCACCUUACCUGGCUUACAUCCCGCCCUAAGAUUCGAUUUGGCAAAGCGCGUUGAGCAUCUGUAUCAACUCGUUACCGAGUUUGAGCUGGAAAGCGUGCUCAGAUUCUAUCGCACCCGCACGAGAAACUAUUUCACUGCAGUAGUCGACUACUACCAGUGGGAGACAAAGCGCAUUCGGAUUGAAAAAUAUGAGACUGAUUUGCACUUGGAGCUGAGUGACGCUCUGUCGGCUGAAAGCGCGGGAUACCUUAAGAAACUCUGCAAAGAGGCGGAGCAGUCCCGUCAGGAAUUGGCUGAUAUUGCCCAGAGCAUUUUUGAUGUGACACGGCAGAUGGAUCGUCAUUUAUCUGCUGCUGAGAACCGAGAAUGCUUUUCGGCAUUGCAGGCUGGAGAUAUCUCGGCCACGUUUCCAGAUGGUCUCGACGAGCUUUAUGCGCGGGUGAUGACAAGAAUACGGACCGAAGGAAAUGCGCGUCUGUGUUAUCAGGUUCUUGCCGUUGUCUCGCUUGCGCUUCGGCCUCUUACUUUGGCGGAGCUGGUGAAUCUAUUGGAGCUUCCGUCUAGGGCGUGCGAUGAGAAUGCUAUCAAAGGUAUUGUUAGUGAUUGUGGUUCGUUCUUGACUCAAAACGAAGGGAGCACGGUCCAAUUUGUUCAUCAAUCUGCAAAGGAGUUUUUGGUCAAGAAUUUCCGUGAGGAAAUUUAUUCUUCAGAUGAUAGCACUGCUCAUCAGCAAAUCUUUUCUCGGUCGAUGCAAGCAUUGGCGAAGACUUUACGGCGAGAUAUUUACAAUCUGCAAGAUCCUGGCUAUUCAAUCAAUGAAGUGGAAUGCUCUCGUGCUGGCUUGCUGGACUCGGUUAAGUACUCUUGUAUCUAUUGGGUAGAUCAUCUAGUUGUAAGCGGUCCUGGAGAGCAGGAGCUCAAGUUGAUUGACAUGUUUUUGCAACGGGACUAUCUUCAUUGGAUCGAAGCUAUGAGUCUUCUUCGGUGCAUGUCUGUUGGAGUAUCAUCGAUGAUGAGACUUGAAAGAUUCCUCAUGGCACAAAAAGUCCCAGACUCCCUGAUGGAACGAGCUCGCGAUGCUUGUCGGUUCAUAAAGCAUCACAAGUCAACCAUUGAGCAAAGUCCACUUCAAGUCUAUGCCUCUGCCCUGAUAUUCAGUCCAAUCAAAAGCACCACCAGACGCCAAUUUGCAACAGAAGCACCAGACUGGAUUAGCACAAGCCCGCUCAUGGAUGAUAUCUGGGGCGACUGUCUCUUGACUCUUGAAGGUCACAGCGGAUCUGUUCAAUGCGUAGCAUGGGGCCCAAACGAGAGGGUUGCUUCGACAUCUUACGAUGGUACGACGAGGAUAUGGGACAUUUCGACAGGUCUAUGCGAGACCACACUCAAAAGCGAUAGUGGUAUACCCGUUUCCUCAGUGACCUGGCUACAUGACAACAAGCUUGCAACAGUGUCAGCCGAGGGAACGGUCGAAAUAUGGGACACUUGUCCGGCUGAACGUACACUGACACGCAAGAGUGAAAGCAUAUUGCCAACCAAGGCCCAACGCAUCAUCACCCCCGAAGGCCCGCGCAUCCUGAAAACCAAGAGCCACGCAUUCAAUUUCAAAGACUCCCUCGAGUCCUUCGCCACAGCUGCUUGGUCACCCGGGGGCAGACUUGCGCUGGCUACCACGGAUGGCACGAUCCAUACAUGGGAUCCAGCGAGCGAUAGAUGCUCGCCGCCACUCGAAGGCCAUGGAACAAAGGCAUUUUCCAUGGCAUGGUCCAGUGAUGGCGCCAGGCUCGCAUCAGCCUACGAAGACGGAUCCCUCAAGCUCUGGGACAUGAGCAACAGCAGAUGUCUGCAAACAAUUCAUUCUGCCCACGAUAACGUGAUAUACUGCGUUGCGUGGUCAAAAGACAGCUCGAGGCUGGCAUCAGUCUCCACGGAUAAAACCAUCAAGAUCUGGAACACAGAUACAGGCCAGCGCGUCUCGCUGGUCCACGGCCAAACCAAAUGGAUCCGCUCUCUGGCCUGGUCACCAGACAGCAGACUCGCCGGUGCCGACGACGACACAAUCAGGAUAUGGGAACCCGUCACGGGCUGCUGUCUAUCCAAGCUCGAAGGCCACAGCCACCAAGUCUGGUCCCUAUCCUGGACGGCAGAUGGUACGCAGCUUGCAUCAGGCUCGCGCGACGGCUCAGUCAAGAUCUGGGACGUGCCCACGACCAAGCGCGAAAAUACACACACACCCCACAGCCACAACCACAGCCACCCAGCCAACGCAGUAGCCUGGUCCCCAGACCUGACGCGCCUCGCAUCCGCAUCAGACGACCAGUCCAUCAAAAUCUGGAACACAAGCGGCAAAUGCCUCUCAAGCUUGACCGGCCACGCUCACGCCGUAGUGUGCAUCGCCUGGUCGAACGACGGGUCUAAACUUGCUUCUGGCUCGGCGGAUGCCGGCGUCAAGAUCUUGGACACGGCGGCAGGACACUGCGUCGCGUCGCUUGAGGGCCACGUCGGCGUUGUGCGCGCGGUGGCGUGGUGCGCGGAUGACUCCAGACUUGCGUCGGCUGCGGAUGACCAUGCCGUCCGUAUCUGGGAUGCUGGUGCUAAUGGCGGCGAGCCGCUGCUGACGUUGCGGGGCCAUACGGCCUGUGUUGGGACGAUUGCCUGGGCUGAAGAUGGGGCGCGGCUUGCGUCGGCUUCCCGGGAUGGAUCUGUUAGGAUCUGGGAUGUUGUCAAGGGAGAGUGUUUGUCGGAUAUUAGAAGCGAGAAUUUCUUCGCUAGGCCUUUGGCUUGGUCGAGGGAUGGUAGGGUGCUGGUUUACCCGUCUGAUGUCUAUAGAGGCCUUCGGGUUUGGGAUGUGGAUAGUGGGAAAUCCGUGUCGUCGAUACUGGAGUUUCAUCGAGAGAUCUUUUGGGCUGGGUUUGAUCGGUUGCGGACACGUAUUCUGCACACGGAUAUUGGGUCUUUCGAUUUGGAUGCUGGUCUGGUUGCGAGAUCCUUGGAGUCGGGUGUCUCGGUUGAUUCGAGGCCCGUUUUGCCUAUCGGGUAUGGUAUUGAUGAGACUGGGUCGUGGAUUACGUGUCGUGGUGAGAAGCGGCUCAGGUUGCCUUCGGAAUAUAAGAUUGCAUGCUCUGCUAUUCUUCCUGGUAGAAUUGGGAUUGGAUGUGAUUCGGGGCGAGUGUUAAUAUUUGGGGUCUCUGAGGCUUAG